AUGCCAUGGAACAAUUCGAAACCCAGACCGACAUCCAUGGUGGCUUUCUCCCCGCCUACAUCACCCACUAGGUCACCCACGAGAUCACCACCCAAAGUACUCGUUCAAUCGCCCAAAUCGCCAGCGAAGACCCCGGAUGCCCAUCAGAUACACUCGCCUGGACCCUCACGAGUAGCAUCGCAUGAAGCUCUAAGGUCUCCUGCUGCGUUUGCAACAACUUCAAAUGGCGCAAGAAGCUUCAAGAUACCUAGCCGCGAGGCCCCUCCGGGUCUCGAUAGCAAACCGUUCUUUCCUUCGCAUACAAAAUCUCCCUCUGUCAAUGAUCCGCGGAAGAACGAUCGCUCAGCACCCUCUGCUUCCAUGGCUCCUCCACCGAUUAAUCGUGCAGGAAAACCCAAGAUACCGGCCAAGUCGCAAUCAGUAGACCAAACAGCUCGUGCAAGUCUGGCCCCAGAGACCUCCUCAGAUGCCGCAGAUGUUUCACCAUUCAGUACACCCCCGAGUAGUAGUGGCAGCGGCAAGGAAGAAACAUCUCCACCUGUAAUAUCUGGGCUCUCGAGAACUAAAUUCAAUGCUGCGAAGGAUGGCUAUUUCCCUCCUCCUCCAGUACAUCCUGUGAUUGCGGAGAAACUGCCCCCAAAUGAACCACGACUGAAAGGAUUCCAACCGUCGAAGAAGCCGGAUCCGUUACCGUCUCCAAGUGAUAUGCCAGAAGCAAGACCUGUUUUGCCAAUGCGGCGAGAAAAGGAUAAUUUUGAUUUGCGGAAGAGCGUGCAAUUGCAAAGAGCGGCGCCACCUGAUCUUCCUGUUAGGAGGUCGUUUGAUCAGUUCCGAUCGUCAGCAUUUGCAGCGGAGACGAAUGAGAGAUUCAUACCACCACCGAGGAGAACAAACACCACAGCAGGAUCAAUCUCGACAAGUCCUGCGAAACAACUGGAACCACCGAAACCGCCACCUCCACGGAAUUCGGGUGAGAUGAGGAGGCCAGCGUCAAUCUCACCGGCGCCAGCAUCGCAAUUAUCACAGCCGUUUACAUAUGAUUCAGACGAGGAAGACACGCCCAACGAGAAGCAGGCACCGACUGCGUUGACUGAUUACCCAGACUCGUCGCAGGCGAAUCGACGAGCGCCAGUUUUCCCAGACAAUACCUCAGGGAUUCCAACCGGGUAUGAAACGAAGUUGUUUGCGAUUUGUGGCGAUUACAUCUGUACGACUGGAUAUGUGACUAACGUGUGGAAUGUACUCAAUGGACGUCUGCUCAUGAGCCUGAGUCACGGCGACACCGUCAAAGUAACUGCGCUAGCUUUCCGACCAGCAAAAGAUGUAGAAAACGAGGGCAAGCGACUAUGGCUUGGCACCAAUACCGGUGAAUUGCACGAGGUCGACAUUACCACACAGAGCGUAGUGCAUACUAAGAGUAAUGCACACUCGCGAUCUGCCAUUGUUAAGAUUUUCAGAUAUGCGGCAGAAAUGUGGUCGAUCGACGAAGAUGGCGUGAUUCAUAUCUGGCCAGCAGAUGAUACAGGAUCGCCUUCACUACAACAAACGCCGCAUACUUUCCGCAUUCCAAAAGGCCAUACUUUCAGCAUAAUCUCUGGGUCGCAGCUGUGGGUAGCGUAUACCAAGGAUAUUCGCGUGUACAAUCGGGCGAUGGAUAGCAACCACUUCUUACAACAAACUCCAGGGCCGUCAUCACAAUUGAAUGUUGGGGAAGUCACUUCAGGGGCUAUUGUCAGCAGUCAACCGGACCGAAUUUACUUUGGACACACAGACGGAAAGGUUACGAUUUACGCGAAAAAGGGUUUUGAGUGUCUGGGCAUAGUCAAUGUCAGCGUAUACAAGAUCAGCUCUCUAGUCGGCGUUGGCGACUACCUGUGGGCUGGCUAUAGUACCGGCAUGAUAUACGUGUACGACACGAAUUGCACACCAUGGAAAGUCUUGAAGGACUGGAAGGCACACGACAAGCCAAUUGCAGGGAUCUUGGCCGAUCGGACGAGUAUCUGGAAGCUCGAUCGGUUCCAGGUCGCAUCGUUGGGUACAGAUACCAUGUUGCGAAUUUGGGAUGGGAUGUUGAAGGAUGAUUGGCUGGAGAACCUGAUGCAACAACGCGACUCGGAAUACUGCGAGUUCCGGGAACUCUCCGCGCGGGUCAUGACAUGGAACGCUGGCGCUACCAAACCAACCACAUUGCGAAAUUCUGGACAAGAUAGCAACUUCUUGCGGGAAAUUCUGGAACCAGAAGAUCCCCCUGAUAUCCUCGUCUUCGGCUUCCAAGAACUCGUCGACCUUGAAGACAAGAAGAUUACUGCAAAGUCCAUCUUCAAGCGCAAGAAACACAAGGAGACGUCUGAAAAUGAACACAUGUCCCACGCCUACCGCGCCUGGCGUGAUCACCUUGUCCGUGUGCUCGAUGAUCUUAGUCCAAGGCAAAACUAUGUGCUCCUACACACCGCCAACCUGGUCGGCCUAUUCACCUGCAUCUUCGUCAAGGCCUCUGAGCGCAACAAGAUCCGCGAUGUAUGCGCGGCUGAGAUCAAGCUCGGCUUCUCAGGCCGCGUCGGUAACAAAGGCGCCCUCGUAGUGCGCUUCUUCAUCGACGACUCCUCCCUCUGCUUCAUAAACUGCCAUCUUGCGGCCGGCCAAACGCAAACCGUACACCGCAACAACGACGCUGCCACUAUCAUGGAAAGCGCUCCCUUGCCCAAAAAUCGGUCACCGAGUGACUGUGCGAACUACUUUGUCGGAGGGGGAGAUGGCAGUAUGAUCCUUGACCAUGAGAUUUGCAUUUUGAAUGGGGAUUUGAACUAUCGCAUCGAUGCCAUGCCACGCAAUAGCGUGAUUGCGGCAGUGCAGCAGGGAAAUCUUGCAAAGUUGCUCGAAAGAGACCAGCUCCUCCUCUCACGCAAGAGGAAUCCGGGCUUCCGUCUGCGUGCUUUCACCGAAAUGCCAAUUAACUUCGCGCCCACGUACAAAUACGAUGUUGGCACCGAUAACUACGACACGUCGGAAAAACAGCGCAGUCCCGCUUGGUGCGAUCGCCUCCUCUAUCGCGGUUUAGGACGCAUAAAACAAGUGGAAUACCGACGACAUGAGGGAGUCAAGGUGUCGGAUCAUCGGCCAGUGAGCGGGAGGUUUAGAAUCAGGGUGAAAACAAUUGACGCGAGGAGGCAGGAGAAGACUCGUGACAAGGCCGAGGUGGAGUUUGAAGCGGUCAGGAGGAGGAUCGCCGGGGAUAUCAAGUAA